UCCAGUCUAGUGCUGGCAUAUGAGCGAGCCAGUGACAACCUCUUCAAGUAAAUGGUUUUCCGCCGCGCGUAUUUUGGUGCUGUUUAACGAAAACAAAUAUAGAUGUUUACUUUACCCCUAGUGAUGAUGGGUGGCAGCAGAAGAAAACAUUUUACUUCGGCAGGAAAGAGUUAGGAAAUAACCCACUAGGAGAGUGAACAACUCGGAAAUAUUCCGACAGAAACGGGAUAUUAAUUCCAACCUAUUUCAACUGAGAGUCAUGUGGAUUGGUGAUUAUAUCGACAUAUGCUGGACGUAGCAUUAAUUGCUUAAUUACAAAACUACACAUAAUUCUGACUACGAAAGUGCGCGUAAAGUGAGUAACUUUUUGUGAAGCAGCUCGCAAGUGAAUGUAUUGUAAAGCCUUCUUAAAAAAUGGUACAGUCGGUCGAGGGAGGGACAACUGAGCCCGAUGCCCCUCUUCUUCCCCCCAGGCAUCACCAUCGCCAUCGUCAUCACUCACACAAACUCGCGCAGAUCCCUGGCUGCAGCCCCACCGCAAGGUCAGAAGUCAACGGCGAAUUGCAAGUAUCGGACACUGAUUGUAUGUCACGACUCGGCAGGCGUGGCGAGUCCGAGGGAGGGCCAAGAAGAGCCGGUCACGGGUGUGGUCACUGGGGCGCUGCUGGCCCCGGGACUUGCACUCGUCAGCCUGCUGGUCCAAGGGAUGACGACGGAACUCCGCUAAUUCGGCUCCUGGUGCUCGGGGGGCACGGCGUUGGGAAAUCAGCUGUGACUGUACGAUAUUUAACGCGGAGGUUUAUAGGGGAAUACAAAUCACAAGUAGACAUCAUCUACAGGCAAACUUUGGAAGUAGACGGAAUAAAAGUUGAUCUUGAAAUUAUCGACAUUUCUUCAAGACCGGUGAGUCUUUCCUCUUGCGUCAAAUAUUGUGGAAACGACACACUUCCGACCCUCGAGAUCUGCCAGUGUGACUGCUACCUUGUCGUCUACAGCGUGGCAGACCGACGGACAUUUGUCACAGCCAAUCAGCUGCUCCACGCCAUAUUCAAGCUCCGGCCAAACAUGCCAUUUCCAACUAUAACUCUCUUGGGGAAUAAGCAAGAUUUAGAACAUUCAAGACAAUGUGGCAGGGAGCAUUGUCUUGCUGGAAUAAUGUUUCACAGUCCUCAAAAUAGUGUAUUAGAGAUGGAACUGCAAGUACUUUUAAGAUUCUAA